GAGAAGGAGGGAAAGGUAGGGUGAGAGAGAGAGAGAUUUGUAUCAAGGAAAUGGCUCAUAUGAUUACAGAGGCGGGAAAGUUCCAAGUCCGUAGGUAAAGCUGGAAGCUUCUCCUGAUUCAUGUAGCUACAGGGGCUGGCAAACCAAAGAUCAACAAAUCAGACAGCAAACUUCUGGCUCACAGGCUGCCUAGGUCAACGAAUCCCAAGAUUGGCAAGUAAGCUGCUAGUUCAAGUCCUAGGAACCAGAGGUCAGGUGAACAGGAGUCAGCUGCAGAAUCCAGAGUGAGCAAAAGCCAGGGAGCUUAUAUAUCAGUGAGUCCACCUAUAUUGGCUGCUGGCCACACCCCCAAGGAAACACCCUUUCCACUGACUUGUUGCUCACAGCAGAUCUCAUCAUGAAGAUGACUACAUCAGAUCUCAUCCUGAAGGUGAUUACAUCACUACACAGCUGCCAAACUACAUCACAACUGCCAAACCACUGAGAAUCAUGGCCCAGCCAAGCUGACGUACAACCUCAACAUCACGGGUACUUACAAAUUUGUAGCAUGGAAGAAUACAGUCCUGGAAGACAGCAGAGCUGUCACUGGAUUGAGAAGACAGGAACUAGAAUUUUAGCCUACCAAAGCAGCUGGACUAGAGGGACAAAACCAUAAAGAUAAGGAAACUUCAGGGAAAUAAGCCCCAAAAUCUCUGUCCUAUUUCUCCUAAACUGUGCGUGCCAAAGGAAAGACUUCAAAAAACACAGCAGAAAGCAUGAGCUGGGAAGCUGUGGAGCUGAGCAGAGGUUUCAACAGCCAUUGGUGCUGGGAGACAGAGGGUGAAGUCCAAAGUCCUCCAAGGUGGAGUGACCCUGGUUUAAUAAAAUGAAAGCAAAAGAAAAAAGGCUUUCAGUUGAGGCUGUAGAUGGGCCACAUCAUCCUAGGAAUAAGUGCAAAACUGAAACAGUCCAGGCCAACAAAGGCUAACACUAACCCUUAACCAGAUUGAGGUGGCUUUCCUGUAUUAAUCUACCUACAACAUAUAUGAUACACAAUUUCUAGUAUCCAAACAAAAAUUAUAAAGUAAGCUAAGAAAAAGGACUAAGUGACUAAAACAACAAGAGAAAAAACAAAUGGUGAGUUCCUUGGUGUUAAGGAUUGAAUCGUGUCCCCCCAAAAUGUGUGUCGCUUGGCUAGGCCGUGAUUCCCAGUAUUAUAUGAUUGUCCACCAUGUUGUUACCUGAUGUGAUUUUCCUAUAUGUUGUAAAUCCUACCUUUGUGAUGUUAAUGAGUCAGGAUUAGAGGCAGUUAUGUUAAUGAGGCAGGACUCAAUCUACAGGAUUAGGUUGUACCUUGAGUCAAUCUUGUUUGAGAUAUAAAAGAGAGAAGCAUGCAGAGAAGGGGACCUCCCACCAUCAAGAAUGAAGAACCAGGAGGGAAGUGUGUCCUUCGGAUCCAAGGUUUCUGUGCUGAGAAGCUCCUAGACCAGGGGAAGGUUGAUGACAAGCACCUUCCCCCAGAGCUAACAGAGACAGAAAGCCUUCCCCUGGAGCUAACACCCUGAAAUUAGACUUUUAGCCUCCUAGACUUUGAGAGAAUAAAUUUCUCUUUGUUAAAGCUGUCUGCUUGUGGUAUUCCUGUUAUUGCAGCACUAGAUGACUAAAACACUUGGGUUUUCAUUCAGCUUCCUAUAUAUCCUCUUCUGGGUGCUAGAGAAGCCCACAGGCUGGAAAUAGCAAUGGGUGCAGACAAGAAGAGUCCCCAAGAUAAGCCUGAUCUCUCUAGUUGAAGAACUGGGACAGGGCAGCCUAGCAAGCCAGAAACCUUUUCACAAUCUCAUUCCUACUCCAGCCAAACGCAACAGAAAGGAAUCCUGCAGCGCCGUCCCCUUUGUCAGCAGAGGACAAGUGGGGAGCUUGAACUUCUACUCCUGCCUGGUGGUAAUGAGGUACCCCUUCCCCCCGCUCCAGCGUGGUGUCUCUGCAGGCCAAGAGGGGAUCCUGAGCUUCCACACCACCUGGGGGUUCCCUCUCUUCCCUCGAACUGUGGGAGUGUCAGAGGAUGCCUGCUAAAGCAGAAGGUUUAAAUAAAGAUCAAGAGUCUCAUAACAUAAUAUCCAAAAUAUCCAAAACACAAUAGAAAGUCACUCACCAUAUCAAGAACCAGGAAAAUCUCAACUUGAAUGAAAAAAAGACAACCAACAGACGCCAAUGCCAACAUGACACAAGUGUUGAAAUCACCCACCAGCCAGGCAGCCUUCUCUGUCCCCAGGGUUUGGUAACUGCUCCACCUCCUGCCCUUGCCCUAAAGACAGUAACGAUUACAUAUUACCAGCCCUAGAGUGCUGUACUAUCCCUUGUGACUUCACUAUUUUCUGCCCACAGUUUUGUAAAUAGCCCCUUUAUUAAAUCCUACCCAAAUGAUCCAGUUAGAGUAUGUUUCCUGCAGGGCUCAUGUAUAAAGACCUGACUAAUGCAUGAUUCUUUGAAAAGAUGAGCUCUGGACAGAAGAAAGAAGAGAUAAUAAAUAAACAAUCUUAGGAAUAAAAAGGGGGAAAGAAUACAGAUACAGCAUGGACUUUUAAAAACACUCUUAUACAAUGAACAAUAUUAUGCCAAUAAAUUUGAAAACUUACAAGAAAUGGACAAAUUCCUAGAAGGUAUAUAACUUAAAGAACAGCCUCGAGAAGAAACUGGGGAAGAACGGAAUAGAUCUACAACCAUUAAAGAAACUGAAACAAUGGUUUAAAAAGCUACCCAUAAAACAGCCUUCAGAUAUUUUAUUCAGCAAAUAUAAAUAUUUUUAAUUUUUGUUUUUUAAUCUGAUUCAACAAUCCUGUUUACCUGUCUGUACUUCUCACCCUAUGGUAAACUCUAAGAAGCCAUGGGUGGCAUCUGUCUUAUUCACUGCUGUACUCCAAAGCCUAGCACAAGGCCUGGUUGAACUAUGGCAGGAAAGCUAGAAAAUCUAGGGAACAUAUAAGACUUCAGACAAGGGCAGGUGACUUUCACAAAAGCUCCUAGGCCCCAAGUGAAACUUCAAACAGCCGGAGUGGGGCUGGGCUCUUGAAGAUUGAUCCCCGGUCCAUCUGCUUUGGUACUACUUGGUACAGGAAGUCCCUUAAGGAUGAAAAUCUUCAUGGAGAAAAGGCUCUUCCUAAGACCUGGUCUCUACAAUGACUUGAUAAAUAAAUCACUUCUGGAACACUGAUUGGCCCUUUUGUUAAAAUGCCAACGUAACUUACUAGGAAAUUCUUGAAAGAAACAGCUGCAUAACAUUACCACUUUCAAGCUACUUAACUUUUUCCCCCAGUCAUAUGGCUCUGUCCUAUAGAAAACUUUUGAAACAAGUAUUUUCUUUUGGAAGUACCAAGAAUCAUGGCCCUAUAAUCAUAACUUGCAUUUUGAUAUGGAGAACUUAGCUUAGUUUCUGUUUUUAUUUAGAAGUGCUGCAAAGUCAUGUGGGCUUCAGCUGAAUACAGGAUGUAGGCACAGAACCUAGGUCACUUAGGGGUUUGAUGAGCCUCAGGUGGCUCUUAGGUUUUGGCAACCGGCAGCACUGUAGUACCAGUGACUAUCAGGGUAGAUGAGCCUCAGGUGGGUCUUAGGUUUUGGCGACCAGCAGCACUGUAGUACCAGUGACUAUCAGGGUAGAUGAGCCUCAGGUGGGUCUUAGGUUUUGGCGACCAGCAUCUUGUUCCAAUUGGUUUUGUUUUGAUUUCACUCCUGCACUUCUGGAUCCAUUUUCAUGCAAUAGUACUAUUACUUUGAAGAUCUGGCUUAUAAAUUCAUAUGGAGUCACUCUCCAAUUAGAGCAGGGUAGCCAGCUUAAGCUCCCAGGACCCAGCCAAGGGCAAGCAUCCCCAGGUGGACCACUGGGAUUCACAAGUUCACUGCUCUGAAGCACCAAGUACUUGCUUGCUAAGCAACAGCCUCAGGAUCUGCCUGGGGCUUUCCUUUCCAAUUUGGUUGCAGCAAAAGCCUAGGGAUUAAAUUUUAUACAACCUCACAAAGUUCCUACGAAGGGUGUAGAAAACAGGGAUUCUCUUUUUAAAUAUCUACCCUCAAAUGGAGCGUUGCCACUAUAGUUUGCAGUCCCAAGUCCUGGCAUCCUUUGGAAACCAAUAAAUUGUACCCACAACCAUGGAUGGUUAGAGAUAUUGCUUGUUUCUCUGCCCCUUUCAAGGAUUUUCUAUCUCAUCAGAUUAUGUUCUCAGCUUCUACCAAGACGUAGUGGUCAACGGGUGCUGGCUCUUUAACAGGAGACUGGGGGAGGGGCUGAGCCUCUUAAAGCCAGAGGUGGCAAACAGGCCUUGACCCAGACUGCUGCAGACCAAGCUACGCAGGAUUGCCAGCGGCAGUCAGGUGGGGAGUGUCAGCACCAAGGUGGUUUGUGAAAUUCUCUCACUGGCACAGGUGGUGCCUGAGAUAUACUUCUCCAACUCCCAGUCCUGUCCCUCAUUUCUGCCCUUUGCAGGAUCCUCCCCUGGAGCUGGGCUGGGGAGGUUAGAGAAUGGGGGUUUAUGGCAGUCUGAGAGCCCAGGGUCUCACUCCUUGAGACCCUGGGCUAACAUUUUGCUGAGGAGGGGUGUCUCAGUAUCUUCCCUGUCCCAGGUUUACCUUCUUGAAGCUGACAGUGCUCUUUCACUGGAGAAAACUGCUGUGGAGGGUGUCUGCCAGCCUGCCAAGAUGAAAUGCCUUGAAGGCCCACGCUUAACCAACCAAGGACCAGGCAAGCACUGUGGCCCCCGGACUCCUGAGGAGGAGCUGGUGCCUGCCUCUCAACUGGAGGAGGAGGAGGAAGAAGAGGUAGAGGAAGAAAAGGAGGAGGAGGAGGAGGAGGAGGAUCUAGAUCCAGACUGGGCUCCAGACCCUGUGGUGGAAGAGAAUGACCUCGGGGAUCCAGCUGUGCUCAGCGCUGUCCAUAACACCCAGCAAGGACUUCGAGGCUCCUCCAGAAUCAAGGGCCCUGGAGUGCUGGGGAAGUCAUCCACCGCCUUUCAUUUUUUGUGGCAGACCCUGGACUACCUGUCACCAACCCCUUUCCAGCCUAAUGCCAGCUCUCCAGCGCGGCCCUUUGGACUUCGACUGCCCUCGUCAGACCCAUCUCUCUUCUACAGCCCACCGACCUCGUGGUCCCCUACGUUGAGUCCUCUGACCCAGCUCCACCCUUGGCACCAACGGAUCUUGCAGGAGCAGCAGCAGCGUGAUCAUAAGCUGAGGCCCCCAGCCAAGACACCUUGGUCUCAGCAACCAGACCCCUAUGCUAACCUCAUGACUCGAAAAGAGAAGGAGUGGGUGAUAAAAGUGCAAAUGGUUCAGCUGCAGAGUGAGAACCCUCACUUGGAUGACUAUUACUAUCAGGAAUAUUAUCGGAAACUAGAGAAGAAGCAGGCAGAUGAAGAGCUACUUGGGCAAAGGAGUGGGGUUGAAUCUCUCGAGCUGGUAACUCCUUACAUUCAGAAGGCAGAGACUUACGAGUCAGUGGUUCGAAUUGAGGGUUCCCUGGGCCAGGUAGCCGUAUCGACAUGUUUUAGCCCUCGCCGAGCUAUAGAUGCUGUGCCCCAUGGAACUCAAGAGCAGGAUACAGGGGCUGCAAACAGUCAGAGGCUUUGGGUAUUAUAUCGGAUUGAGAAGAUGUUCCUUCAGCUACUAGAGAUAGAGAAGUGCCAGAAAGAUGGGUUUCCACAGCCCUCAUCCUCUGAGCAGCAGAGCGUCCAGGUUGAGAAGCUCUUCCAAACUUUGGUGACCCAGGAACAGAAUAACCUGGAGGAGGCGGCCGACGGCUUCCUGCAGGUGCUGUCAGUGAGGAAGGGGAAAGCACUGGUGGCCCGGCUGCUCCCUUUCUUGCCAUGUGAUCGGGCUGUUAGCCUUCUUCUGGUUAUCACCCACCACCUGCCCUUCCUGAUCCGGCGGGAUGUGGCUGAUCAGACCCUACAAAUGUUAUUCAAACCUUUGGGCAAAUUUAUCAGUCACUUGACCUUCCAUGAACUCCUGCAAGGACUUCAGGGACUAAUGCUGCUACCGCAGGCCUCAGAAAAGCCGGUCACUGUGGUGCUUCAGAAUCAGUUUGGAAUAUCUUUGCUCUAUGCCCUGCUGAGUCAUGGGGAGCAGCUGCUAUCUCUGGAUUCUUCCCUAGAGGAACCCAAUACAGACCAUACACCUUGGACAAACAUGGUGGUUUUGAUUGCUUGGGAGAUAGCCCAGAUGCCUACAGCCUCUCUGGCAGAACCCCUAGCCUUCCCUAGCAACCUUGUUCCCCUGUUCUGUCGCCAUGUGGACAAACAAUUGGUACAGCAGCUGGAAGCCAGGACGGAAUUAAGUGAUGGCAGAAACAAGAUCAUAGCCCCUUGUUCAAGCUUAGUCUAGGUCUGUCGCUCCUCUCUACUACUUUCUUUUAAGCUGUGAGCGUGGAGGACAAACUGCUUUUAGAAGUAGUCCUAGAAACUCUGGUACUGAGUAACCAAUCCGGCCAAGUUAGGGCCCUGUGCCCAAGCCUUUUAAUUUAUUUCCAAGCACUUCGGUUAUUUUUCAUGUUAAGCUAUUUGAAGGCAAGAAUUAAUCUGAGAAACUGAAUUGUUUGUUCAUUCACUCAAAUGUUUGAGGGCCAACUAUCCUAGGAUAUAAGCAAGAACAAUAAUGGAAGUUGUUCUAAGAAUGGGAUUGUUUUUGCAGUUAAAAGCCGUUCUCUUCGUGGACUUGCCCGGACCUACUGCUCUGGUUCUGGAAUACACGUAUGUGGGAAAAGUUUGUCAAACACUAGCUGUGUGAGCUAUAUCUACAGGGAUCCAGGAAAAGGAUCUCAAGACGUUUCCUAUGCCUUGAUAUAUCGGAGGACCCUGCCCAAAACAUUUUUGUGUUUCUUCAAAACCCUGAAUGAUGUACCUAAAAAGCAGGCAUGGCAAAAAGUAUAAUUAAAGAGA